AUGAUCGACCUGGCGAAAUCAUUGACUUUCAGCUCGGAUAUAACCAACCGGCUAUCAUCAAAUAUCGCCAGUCUCCAGACUGUCUCCGGUACGGGUGCUAAUCACCUAGCCACUGCGUUUCUGUCGAAGCAUCUCCAGCCCAAACGAGUCUUCAUCCCGGACCCUUCGUGGUCAGUCGACCUCGAGGCAAUGCUAUCCUUCCUUGACACUACAGCCGAACCGAACAACGUCAUCAUCCUCCAAGCAUGCGCCCACAAUCCUACCGGCACGGACCUUACAAAAUCCCAGUGGAUCGAGCUAGCGGACCUAGUCAAGGAAAAGAAGCUCUUCCCCGUCUUCGACAGUGCCUACCAAAGGUUCGCAACGGGAGACAUUGACGCAGACGCGUGGGCCAUCCAGUACUUCACCAAGCAGAUGCUCUCAGACGCGGACUCGAAGCUCCCCACGGAACGCAUCAGCACUCCGCAUUUGGUUGUCCCCCCGGGCCUGUCCACUGAAGGAGCCAAAUCCAGGUUAACUCUCACGGCGAGAGCGGAGUACUCAAGUCCUGUCAAGUUCGGGGCGAGUAUCGUCGAGACAGUCCUUAGGGAUCCGGAACUGAAAGCCCAAUGGGAGGGAGAUCUGAUCGCGAUGAGCUCGAGGAUCAAGACUAUGCGUUCGCGGCUUCGUGGCAAGCUGCAGGAGUAUGGGGCCUGCGGGGAUUGGUCGUUUAUUGAGAGGCAGAUCGGGAUGUUCUGCUAUACUGGGCUGAACGAGGACCAGGUGAGGAGGUUACGGGAGGAAUAUCAUGUAUAUCUGAUGCCAUCGGGCAGGCUGAGUAUUUGUGGGCUGACGGAGGGCAAUGUGGACUAUGUUGCUCGAGCAAUCUGCGCCGUCGUUGGUCAAGCCUGA